GUUAAUGAGCUCGCCGCGGGGGGUGGUGUUUUCGACGAUGCCCUGACGGGGUCGCCAGUCGAGACCGGUCAGGGGUCCGAGAGAGUGCGCCGAGGCGGGCCGGCGGCUAGACGUGAAGAUGUGCCACUGACUGAUCUGCACCGAGCGUCAGCGAUGGCCUGGUCCGUGCGUGUUGCGUUUUUGUGCGUAUGCGCGGCGACUUCUGCCCUGCAUCGGGCAGCUCCGUCCAAGUUUAGCAUUGAGGAGCUGCUGCACACAAAGUUCCCGCGCCGUAUCUCCGGAGAUAUCAACGCGGAUCCCUGCAAAGGAAACAAAAUCGACGGUGACAUCGUCAUCCCAAACGACGAAUAUGAGAGAGAGCUGGCGCAGCAGCGGCUCGACGACGAGCUGCGAUUGGCUGAUGCCGCCGUGACGUCAUUGGCUCCCGAGGCGGCCCGAGAGGGGCCGGGGGACUUGGAAGCCGCCAUCGAGCCCUCGGGAGGUGAUAGGGGGCUAACAGCGACGCCCCUUUCCGCGAGGGGCAAAUGUGUGCGCUGUGAUCCGGACUGCUGGGGUAGCAGGAGGCAUCGGAAAAAGUGCGCACAUAAAAGGAGAAGUCGAAAGAGGAAUCGGCAUAAAAGCCGGAGGAGGGGAAAGUGGAGGAAAAAGGGAAGGAGGAAGGGUGGUCGACGUCGGAAAAAUAGGAGGCUCCAGAAGAAAUGGGCCUAUCAACAUGCACGAAGAAACACCACUCGAGCUCGGCAGCGGGGCAGCAACCCGAUCACCACAAUCACCACCAACUCUAUCGGCUCAUCACCAGCCUCAACCACCGGCCGCGUGGUCCAGCUCCCAUCCUCCGCUCCUCACCAUCGACAGAAGAGGGCCGCCACCGCCCGACUGGACCGAAUCUGGGCCCACGGGGUGAUCCCCUAUCAGAUUGAUGAUGAGUUUAGCGCAGAACACAAGGCGCUGUUCAAGCAGGCGAUGCAGCACUGGGAGAACGCGACGUGCAUCAAGUUUGUAGAGCGGGAGCCGGAGCUGCAUCCGGACUGGAUCGUCUUUGCGGUGCGGGAGUGCGGGUGCUGUUCAUUUGUCGGUCGUCGUGGCAACGGUGAGCAAGCCAUCUCGAUCGGGAAGAACUGCGACAAGUUCGGUAUCGUGGUGCACGAGCUGGGCCACGUGGUCGGCUUUUGGCACGAGCACACGAGACCCGAUCGUGACCACCAUGUGGAAAUCUUCACCGAAAAUAUCAUGGAAGGUCAGGACUUCAACUUCAACAAGAUGACGGGAGAGGACGUGGACAGCCGCGGCCUUCCUUACGACUACGAGUCCAUCAUGCACUACGCGAGGAACACCUUCUCCAAGAAUAGCUACCUGGACACAAUUCUGCCAAGAGUCCGGCACGGACCCAAUAUGCCCCAGAUCGGCCAGCGACUGAGGCUCAGCCAAGGGGAUAUCGCUCAGACAAUGAGAAUGUAUAACUGCUCCGCCUGUGGAGAGACACUUCAAAUGAGUAACGGCACCUUCAGCGCCCCUCCGCCCCAACUGAGGCCCAACCACGGUCACUCCUGCGAGUGGCGUAUCACUGCCACCCACGGCGAGCGUAUCGUGCUCAACAUCAGUGACCUGGACAUCCACAGCAGUGACGGCUGUGAGACCGACUACCUGGAGGUCCGCGACGGCUACUGGCACCACAGCGCACUGCUGGGUCGAUUCUGCGGCUCGGGCUCCGUCCCUGAACUGGUCGUCUCUACCGGCCGCCGUCUGCUGGUCACCUAUGUAGUCACGGAGAGGUCGGCAGAGCGACAGGGGUUCACCGCCAACUAUACAGCCGUAUGCGGCGGCGAGCUGAAGCUCCGUGAGGGCGUUCUCGAGUCCCCCAACUAUCCGGACUACUACCGGCCAAACCAGGACUGCGUGUGGCUGAUCACAGUCGAGGAGGGACAUCAGGUGGCCUUCGAGUUUACCGCCUUUGAGGUGGAAAACCAUGACACCUGCCUGUACGAUUAUGUGGAGGUGCGAAACGGACCAACGAGCGACUCACCGCUCGUGGGCAAAUACUGCGGUUACCAGGUACCCGAGGCGAUUACUAGUUCUGGUAACCACCUGUGGGUACGGUUUGUGUCGGAUGGCAGUGUCCCCAAGCCGGGAUUCGCGGCGCACUUUAUGACAGAGCUGGACGAGUGUUCGGGCCCGAACCACGGCUGUGAGCACAACUGCGUCAACACGCGCGGCAGUUUCCGCUGCUCGUGCCGCAUCGGGUACGAGCUCCACUCGGAUGGAAAACGCUGCGAAGAGGCGUGCGGCGGUACGAUCGAAGCUGACAACGGCACGGUGACAUCGCCCUCCUUCCCUGACCUCUACCCACGGAACAAGUACUGCAUCUGGGAGCUGAUUGCCGCCCCCAACCACCGGAUCACACUCAACCUGACGCACUUUGACCUGGAGGGUAGCAACGUCAGUCACCAAGAGUGCGACUACGACCGUCUGGAGGUGUCCAGCGUCCUCCCUGGCGGUAAGCUGCGUCCACACGGCACGUUCUGCGGUAGUAACAUUCCCCCAGCCAUCUCCAGCGAGACAAACAAACUGCAGCUGACCUUCCUCACUGACAGCUCCGUGGAGAAGACGGGAUUCGCCGGAGUUUUCAUUACUGAUAAGGACGAAUGCUGGGACGACAACGGAGGCUGCCAGCACCGCUGUAUCAACACAAUCGGCUCGUUCAUGUGCGCAUGUGACAACGGCUUUAUGCUGCACGAGAACGGCAAGGACUGCAAGGAGGGCGGGUGUAAGCACGAAAUCGACACGCCGUCUGGCGAGGUAUCCAGUCCGGAGUAUCCGGAGACAUAUCCGAGCAAGAAGGACUGCGUGUGGCAUUUCAGUACCACCCCCGGACACCGGAUCAGACUGGUGUUCAACGAGUUUGACCUGGAGCAUCACCAGGAGUGUACCUAUGACCACGUGACAGUCUACGACGGCGACUCCGAGAACUCUACCGUACUGGGCACGUUCUGCGGCGCCAAGACGCCCCACCCAGUGAUCGCCUCCCGAAAUGAGAUGUACAUGACCUUCACAUCGGAUGCCAGCGUGCAGCGGAAGGGAUUCAUUGGCACACACAGUACAGUGUGCGGCGGGUACCUGUUUGCUGAACACGAGGUACAACAUCUCUACUCUCACGCAAAGUACGGCGAUGAAAACUACGGCAAUCGGGCAGAGUGUACCUGGACCAUAGAGGCGCCAGUGGGCUACUAUGUGCGACUCAGGUUCCUGACGUUCGAGCUGGAGCAUGAACAGGAUUGUGGAUACGAUAACGUCAAAGUGGUGGACGGUUUUGACGAGACGGCUCAUAUGCCGCACAAGUACUGUGGUAACGAGAUUCCACCUCCGAUCGUGUCCACCGAUGAGGUGUUACGUGUGAUUUUCAAAACGGACGACACGAUGAACGCUAAAGGAUUCUCGGCUUCCUACGAGAUAAUCGACGCCUACCAGAGACCAGAUCUGGAGGGCAGCAAGAAACACUGAGGACUUGGCUUGGAGAAGUAGUGCUGGGAUUUGCUGGAAUGCGCAUUCUGACAUGUGAUGUGUUGUUGUCAUGAUGGUAUACAACUGAGGUUUUGGAAUAACUUGGAAAUCUGAUUGAGGUUUGAGUUGGAACCGAGCUGGCAACGAUGACAUCAUAAGUUCGGUGUUUUGAUUACGUCACUGGAUUGAUGUUUUAGUGAUGCCAUGUGAUUGAAGUCUCCGAUGACGUCACUGGUUUGAAAAAAGCGACGCUGUUCCGGAACGCGGGAGGACGCUUGGAAGUUCUUUUGCGUGAAACCCUCAAUGCUGGACUCUGUAAACACCAAGCUGCCCUCUGUCGGUCGCUUGUGGUAUCGCCGAAAAGUCCUGUAUCCAUCGCACGUGAAAGAAUCGGAGACGCAAGAUGCGUCGUGAGUGUACUUAUUGUCCAACAAGACCAUGAUGGGUGCUAGGAAAGAGCGAACACGGAGCAGCACAGAUGGCGCUGCUAUCUAUUGGUGGAAAUGGAUUUGGACGUGAGGAUGUAUGUAAGCCCGUGGUCAGCAGUGUCACGGUCACUUCACGUCUUCUAGAUUGGUCUGAUGAGACGAGAUAAGAACGCUGUCUUCUUUGCUGAUGUUUUAGAGGACUGAUUAGCUCCGUCUUUAGGACUUUAUUUUUAGCAGUGACGAGUGUUGCGUUCAAUUGCGACCCUCGCGAGUCGAAUCCCGUCGCAUUUGUUCCGUUGUGUGCCACUUAGCGUAUUCGCUAAUGUUUGAUCAAUGUUUUAAAUCAAAAUUAAGCCGGUAUUACCACCCUCCUGCUUCGUUUUUGCGACUCCCUAGCUGGUAGUCAGCUGUUGGGAGACACUGGGGGAGGUGGUAGAUGGGGGGGGGAGGGGGUAAUGGGAUGGGGUAAGGAGGUACCAGGUUUGUGCCAAACCCUUUGUCAGACCCUAUCGACUGAGUGUGUAGUCGACAAGGUAAUAUCGAUAUAGAUUUAGUGGAUAACUGUGCCAUGUCAUGUUUAUGUUUAGUACUAAUGUGUCAUGAGAGUCGACUAUUUGAUCUUUUAACCGCAACGAGCGAGGUGUGUGAACUCUAAAGAUCGGAAGAUUGUAUCGACAAGGAUCGGUUAUAUUGCAGUGGUGUCUCUUCUUUCGAACUAUUGUGCUAUUCUGUGUAGGACAUUCUUCUGUCAAAAAAAUAAAUAAAUAAGAAAAUAAUCAUUCUGAAAAAAGAGUUCCUCCUCAAAAACGUGGCGUCAUAAUUUGGCCUAAACUACUCUUUCCUUCCUGCGCUGCGGAUCUUUUGUAUCCAAUAUUCCUAACACUAGGCAGUCACAUUUGUGAAUCUUCGCCUCGCUGGUUGGUUGGAACGGCGGAUUCGAGAUGCACACAUCAUUAUCAAUUUGUCUCAUACAAGCCACUGUCUUGAUAGACUAUUUGUUAUGUCGAAUGGUGAAAAGCGGCUCUCAUGAGUAUACAAGUAUGUUCUCGUAUGUUCAACGCCCGUCUAAAAUAUCUUACGAAAAUCGUGUAAUGCCUAUGUAAUAUUUUCAGUAAACCACUCGCUCGUUUCGAUGUGUGACUUAUCUGGUAUUCCUUUCCGUUUUUCAUAUAAACAUGUCACGGACAAGGCUGUUCAAGUACAUUAAUUUUAGUCGUCGAUGGCCUCUGUUGGUCGUCAUUUGUGCUGUAUAAAUACAAUCUAAUAAUUCGA